GUCGCGGUUUGGAGUCUCUCACGCUGUCGCGUCUGCCACGAGGCCCGUCACGCUCACCGGUCACCGGCGACUUUGGGCGACUUUGGGAGUCGAACAUAACGGGCUCGUUGUAGUCAUGCAAUCGCUCGACCGGCUGGUAGCCGACCCCCGGUAUCGCGACAUCCUCGCCAUUGUCAAAGGCGCUCGCAAUGGACUGGUCUAUGGCGCCAAAGUUCGCUUCCCGCAUGCACUCGUCAUGACAGUCCUCUUCCACAGCACGCCAUGGUCACAACGGGCUCGAUUUGUGUACAACGCGACGAAGCAGCACUCACUCAAUCUGUGCAAGUUUGUGACCAUCUACAAGACUGCGCUGCUCCUGCAACGAUACCUGAAUGGCGGCAAGGAGCGCUCGCUCGAUACGUUCUUUGCCGGUCUCAUUGGCGGCUGGACUGUCUUUGGUGAACGGAAUGCAGUGAAUGAACAGAUUGUGCUUUACGUCGUCUCUCGGGUCGUCACCUCUGCCUUGCCGCGACAGAGCACGCCAGCAUCGCGAUCAGGCACGGGCAAGCCGGUCGCAAUGGUCCCCCAGGGAUCUGCGCCUACAGCCAAUGCAGCAGCCAAAGCGAGCGCAUCGUCUGUGCCGAACCCUCCGGGCUGGCCUUACCCUCGUCCGCUGCCGCCCGACAGUAAAGUGUUCGAGGUUGUCGCUGCUGCCACGUGGGGAGCUGUCAUGUGGCUAUUCGCCCAUCGACGUCAGAACUUACAAUCUGGCAUGGUCAACUCGAUGCAAUAUCUCUACCUCGACUCGGAAGUUUGGAGUGGUGUCAAGACACUCAUCUGGCGUGAGCAUCAUGGCCUCAUUCAUGGUAGAAGUACGGACUGAUGAUCUCCAUAUCACAACAGACAACAAAUAGAUGGCUACACCGAGCGCGCACGACACGUUGAUUGCAUGGGCAGAUUGGCUAG